AUGAAUUCCAAGGUACAGCUUGAUAAAGCUUUAUCUUCGAAGCUCAACGGGAUUCAGAUUACUAAUCAUUUGAGCAAGUUAUCCAGAGCAAAAGCGACGCCGCCUGUUCUCAAAUCGCAGCCUAUUAGCCCACAGAAAUCGUUCAAGUUCAUGCCGCAUCCCCCUCAAAACCGAAAGUCGGUCGGCUUUCAGAACAGCAGGAGAACUGAUGAUCAGAACAUUAAGCCAGCGCCUCCUACAGAGCCUCGUGGAAAGAAUUAUAUGGUGAGAAAGUUUUACGACGUAAGAAAAAAAGACAGUGUUGUUGACGAAAGCAGGGUUAGCGGAGAUGGAGAAUCACUAGAGAAUGAGGAAUUUUACGAGAAGUCAAGGUGUCCGUCAUGGGAGCGUAUGCCGGGCGAUGGAUGUAUCUCUGAUAUUGCUGAAGAAGAUGAAGAUGCAGAAGAAGAAGAUGGCGACAUGGAGGAGAAUGAUGAUGAUGAUGAUGAUGAUGAUGAGUCUGUUGAGGACAACUAUGACAAUGAUUUCUAUGAAGGCGAUGACCUUGAUGAAGGUAAUAACUAAUACUCAUGUUGAAAUUGGCAAACUCCAAGCUUUAAUAAUGCACUUUGCAAGAACUAUAGUGAUCAGUUUGGAAAAAAAAAAGCUAAUUUCAACUCAGUCACCUGCUUUUGUUGUUGUUGUUGCUGAGGCAGGCAGACAUUUGAAUAUUUUACAGCAGUUGCAUCAAAUCUUGGCACCCUUGCCCCAUGACACAGUCAUAUAUGUGUUCAGGAGAUUAGCUUUAACCAGUUGAAACUUAGUUUUCUUAACCAUUAUGUUGACACUUAAUUUUUACCUGGUCAAAUUCUCAGUUAGAGUGUAAUAUGGUAACUGUGAAAUCUGAGAAAUCUGGGAAAUGCGAGUCUUUACACAAAGUCAACACUUACAGAUAAACUUUCUGAGAGAAAUAUUGUGAAAUGACAUAUUCUUCUCUAAAGUUUAAAUGAAUGGAACAAAGAAACAAAGACAAAUAAACAAUUCAAAGGACUGGUAAAGAUUUUUCUUUUAAGGUACUUCCCAAGAGUAUUCUUGUUAAAGUGCAUUUGACUUGAUGAACACAACUCAAUUUUUACUAAUGCCUGUCUUAACACAAUAUCAACUGUUGGCUAUUGCACAAUGUAAGGGAGAUAAAUAUGCUAUAAUGUUAAAAUGUUGCUUUUAUAUUACAGCAGGCUUUUCUGAUGGUGAUGAUGAUGAUGGUUCUCAGUCACUGAUCAGCACAGCUGCUUCCUCUCGUGUUUCUACUGCAAAAAGUAGAGCAUCAAGUGCAAGACCAAUGAUGUUAGGUACUCGCAGAUGGUCUGGUACAGUAGGAUCAUCAAACCCAAGUUCUGCAUCAUCCAAAAAAACAAAUGCAUGGGCAUCAACAGGUGACGAUGAAAAACAAGAGAAAAUUCCUCCUCUAGUACCCAGCCUAUUUCCUCAUAUAUCUCCAACCAUCUACUUUUCUGUGGAGGGAGAAAAAGGUAAACUGAAUAUAAAACUGUAUAUUUUACACUUCAAGGAGGUAUUGUUUUCUCAGCGUCAUAAACUUUAAACCUUUACACCCUAACCUCAGUAUCUAUUUUCUCCAUGCUCUUCUCUCCACAUUUCUCAAGGUGCUGGCAAGGAGAAUUUGUUUAACAAUCAAUAGUUUCUUUAGUUGGUGAUCAUUUCCUUUAUUCUCAUGACCUUAAUGUUUGAUUCAGGGCUGAUAUUGUAGGGAGAGAUUAGAUGCUAGUCACUCUUAGGGGCAAGGGUCAAUUAAGUAUAAACAUUUGUUGAAGUUUAUCACUUGGAAUUGCAGUUCAGAAUAAUAUUCCCACAGCACAUGCAUGAUUUUAUUGUGAUAUAUUUUAGUAAUUUUAUCCAAAGUAAGUUUAAACUUAGUACAAGUACAUUCCUAAUUAAUGGUCUUCAUUGUAUAAUUAUAUGAUUUUCUCAAUUAUAUAUUUAAUGUAUAAACAAUCAACUUAGAUUAGUGGGAUUCAAAUCAACAUGCAAUCACGAAAUGACCUUGUCGACUAGACACUGAAUCAUUAUUAACAUGCAGUAUAAAAAAGUUUUUCCAGCCUUUUAGUGUUAUGAUAUUGAAUGUUGUCUUGUUAUAGGUAAGUCCAUUUCAGCUGCAUGCAGUCAUGUACAGUGUUGAGUACUAAAAUCAUGAAACACAAAUUGGGAGCAAAAUAUUGUUUAAUCUAAAGCAAAAUAAGUACUUUUAGUUUUUUCUCUAAGCAUUUAAUGUACAGUACUGUACCUGUAUACUGAAUAUAUUUGCUAUGGUAACUUAUGUACAGUGUAUCUCUAUGAUCUUUUGUAGUGGGUCAACUUUCACCUGAACUGCGAAAACUCCUCCGGUGGAAGAUGAGUUCUAUAACACCAAAUGUUAUCAAGCAGUGUAUUGCAAGAGCUGGCUUUAAACCAACUAAGAGUAAGUUGUUAUUCUAUUACUGAUUUUAGUCAUGCAAGUAGUUUCCUUGCUUGUCUGUUUUAAGUGCUGUAAAGUAGUUUAGAUUAAUAUGUGUAUACAAUUGCGUACAUGACAUGUCGUUACUGUACAUCAGAAAGCAAACAUGUAAAAUAAUUAAUCUCCCUAUUUUUGUCUCAAUGUGUGGAAAAACUGGUUUGGAUUAUGUGCUGAAUGUCUUUAUGUACACUGUAGUUAGCAUCAGAGAACAAGCUUGAAAGAGAUUUUCAAAUCUUUUCAUUUACCCCAUUGUCCUGAAAAACUACGAGUAGUUUUAAUUACAUGGCUGCAUAAACUUGCUUAUAUACUUAUAGGGAAGGUGAGGAAGACUGUAUGCUAAUGUUUUGUAUUAGAGCUUUGUAGAAGCUCCCAAUGUAAAAGGUACACAUCUCUUGGUUUCCAUAGAAAGAAAGCAAGGAAGGACUGUAUUAAAUCUUCUGACUCCUACAGACUGGAUAUGAUAGCCCAGUCUCAACCUUUUAGUUUCUUAAAAUUUACAUUGUAGUCAGGUUUUUCUGUAAGAAUUAGUUGUACAAUUGUGCACAUCUCACUGAAGAUGCCUGAGAAAGGUGUUUAAGAAAAAUAUUCAUUAAAUUAAUAUUUUGAUUAAUGUCUAUUGUUAAGCAGGGAAUGACUGGCUAGGAUACUGGGGCAAACACAUGAAAGCAAACUGUUUUAAAACUGUCAGAGAAUAUCAAAAGGUAAGAAGUCAUCUUUGUUCUUACGUGUUUUAAGUAUUAACAGUUACACAAUUUUUUUUCUCCUUUUUUGAGUCUGAAAUAAAAAUACUUAUAGGCUUAAAGUUUUGUAUGAGUCUAUGAAUCUAACUGACCAAUCUGUAGUAACUAUGCUUAAAUUAUGUAAAUUGUUAAUUGUGGGUCACAGUAUAGAGGGUUUGUCGUCCCAAAGGCGGUAAGUUUUAAACCAGGAAGGAAAGUUUGACUUUUCCUUGGUUUCUCUUGAAGUGUACUUGUAUAUAUAUUAGGGAUUACAUUUUGAGGGGUUUUACCUCAGACUGUAAGAUGAAACUGAAGGAAAAAAAUGUAAACAAUUAUAAUGGUAUGCAAAACUACAAAGCUUAAUGAAAAAUUGUUGGGUAACCUUUGGUUAGUUACAACCCAACCCUGCAGCUACAUGUACUGUUGUGUAGCCUUGCUACUUUAUGCAUGUACAUUAUAAAUAAGUGAUAAUUAUGUUAGUAUAACUAACAUAUGUUCUUAGGUUGAAUAAGAAUGCUUUCUGUUCUUCUCAGGGUUAAUUUACCCAAGCUUCAGUGCCUGAAAAACAGUUUGACCUCAUUAAAGUUUAAAGAUGCAAGGAUAAGCUUGAGAGCUCAUCACUCAGAAAACAUGCAAAUAAUGUUACUAGCUGGUACUAUUGCUGCAUGGUCAUGCCAAGUUUUUACCUUUUAAUGUAUAGUUCUUACAUGUUUUUUUUUUUCCAGGUUAACCACUUUCCUGGUACAUUUCAAAUUGGGAGAAAAGACAGAUUGUGGAGAAAUCUCUCCCGUAUGAUGGUGCAUCAUGGAAAAAAAGUAUGUUCAUCAGAAACUAUUUACAUUGGGUACUUUAAAUCAUUUUAUAAAGAAGCUGGGUUCUAACAGAAUGUGAAAAUCUGUAUGCUUAACCCUUCAACUCCCACAUCAAAUUUGUCAUUCUCCUUACUGUCAACCAUACAAUUCUUAUUACAUGUAUGUUAGUUCAGAGAAUUUAUAUUCUUUAUUGUCAAGCAUCACUUAAUAUCUGGUUGAUAUUAUAUUGAUAUCGUAAGUAAAAAUUCUGUCUUGGUCACUCAUGGAAGUUGAAGGGUGAACUGAUUUGUGUGAUUUCCAGCCUGAUGUACUGGUACAUUUUUUGGAAUCGAACUCUCCUAGACCAUCUGGGAGCGAAGCCAUUCUUAGACUAGUAAAAUCUGCACUGAAAAAUCUGGGAUUCUGAAUUCAAGGAUGGUUGCAUUUUUGAGAUUUUAUUUUAUUUAUUAAUUUUUUUUUUUGCAAUUUGGGGAUUUUGUUUCAACUCUAGUUCACAAGGGAGAUGCAAAUUUUAAGUUAACCUAGCAGUCAAAAAAAACAUAUCAUUGUUGGAGUUCUGACACCCCUUUUCCAACCUCUGUAAUGGAGAUGUGCCCAGUUUAAGUCAAAUUGUAUUGUGUAGAGCAGAUUAUAAUGCAGAACAUACUGAUACCAGGUGUUCAGCUGAAGUCAAGGAAUUGAGCUCAUUUGGCUUAAGCUUGUAUCCAUAAUGAUUUUAUAGAACAUCCCUCAUUACUAACUGGCACCUUUGUUGUCAUUUCUACAGGAUUACGGUUUUGUUCCACAAACUUAUGUUCUGCCUUAUGACAUGAAACUACUGAAAAGGGCUUGGGACGAUGCCAGCAGUCGACAGAAAUGGAUUCUCAAGCCAGUAAGAAGCAUUUCAUUGCCUUUGUUAUAAUUAUGUAUUAAAAACCCUGGAUAUAUCUAAAAUAGUUUAUGUGCAGUUUCAUGACACUAGUGUAACAUCUUCUCUGGAGUAGUAUCAAUGUUUUCCAUGUAAACCAGUCACUAGUAAUUAUCUACAAUUUCAAGUAAAACAUUAUACUGUUGUCUGUUAAAAGUUUUUUUGUGUUUGAAUGGUCCCCUUUUUUGUGACUGCCACUGUAUUUAAGGCAUUUCACCACUGUGCAAACUUGAGUUAAUCUUUAUCAUGACGAUCCAUAGUACAGCCUCGAUUAUGUGCCUAUGUUAUGACCCUUUUGGAGGUAAUUUAAGGGUGACUAACAUGUCAAGACUGUACUUAAUCAAUUAUAUAACUAGCAAUUAAGUCUUUGAUUUGCAUGGUAUCGUUAGAUUUUUUUAACCCUUUAACUCCCAAGAUCUGAUUGUUAAUUCUCCUCUCUAGCUGCUACACAUUUCCUCAUAUAUCAGUUAUGAAAAUUUAGUGUUAGAUCAAGAUAGCAACUUCUGCCUGUACCAUAGGGAGAAGUUCCAUGUUAAUCAACUCUGAGAGUUAAAGCGUUAAUCUGUUUUUUUUCAUGUACAGCCUGCUUCAGCCAGAGGGAUUGGAAUCCGUGUCAUUCACAAGUGGAAUCAAAUUCCAAGGAAGAGACCUGUUAUUGUUCAGAGGUAUGCUGUAUAUCUCCCUCUGAGUUUAUUUAACUAGUACAUAACUUGUGUAUGUACUACUCAGUAUCGUAGGGAUAAUACUCAGCAAUUGCAAUGCUCUAGUACAUGUACAUUAAUUGUGUAUACAUGGUAGAGAGAUGCCACAACCUUUAGAGAUUUCAAGUCCAGAGUUUCAUUACUCAUGGGUGACAAUCAUCACUGCAAGGCUAAGACUGACAGGCUGACUGCCUUUCUUCCCACCCACUUCCCCAAAAAAAUGAAGCACACCCCCAGAAUAAAUUCAAACAUUAACAGGCUGUAAUUCUUCUGCAGUGGUACUAAUCCUUGUUGAAUUGUAAUUUAGCUGUACAGUGCACAAUAGUUGUUGUAGACUAUAAUUCGUUAAGCUCUGAUGACUGAGUGAGCACUUAGCAUGUUCGUAAGAUUAGACUAGUCAUUAAUAAUGGUAGUAGGACCAAUUCAGUCUGUAAUCAUACGCGUGAUUUACAAAAUCGGACGACCGCAAAGGGCGAGUCUGAUUUGUCACUCACAUGUAUAGUUACAGACAGAAUCAGAUGACUCAAAGUCCUGCUACCAAUAGUUAUAAUUUCUGAAAACAACAAAUACAUUUAGGACAAAUAUGUGUAGGAGAGAAAAUGUUUAGAUGGAAAAUUCCUUAACUUUUGGAAAUUCCACAAUUUUCCUAGGAUAAGUGGUUGUUGCUGUGGUUAUUGUGAUCAAUUUUGUGAUUAGUGGAUUUGACAGAAAGGACUAAGUAUGGUUGGCUGCUUCAACUGUCGGAUUGCAAGUGUCCGAUUACAGCCAAUUAUCCGAUUACAACUGUACCGAAUAUUUAGUGUAGAAUAAAGCAGCUAAUGCACCAAUCACAUUUGAAGAAAUUGUAACAAUUUGAUUAAUAUCAUCAUUGUUGUGAUUUUUAGGUACCUUGCCAAACCGUUUCUCAUCAAUGGAAGCAAGUUUGAUCUUCGAAUCUAUGUCUACGUCACUUCAUACGAUCCUCUGAGGAUAUAUGUCUUUGAAGAUGGGCUUGUAAGAUUUGCAACAUGCAAGUAAGUUUUCAAAGACUCAAGUAUGACAUACAAUAAAUAGAUGUGUGCAUGGUUAAGUAGUUGUGAAGGUUAAUUUGUCCAACGCUACACUGUACACCUCCUAAGAUUCCCAUCCAUUUUGUUUUCAAGGUACUCAUCAUCCAUGAAAAGUUUGAGCAACAAGUUCAUGCAUCUGACAAAUUAUAGCAUCAAUAAAAAGAAUGAAGGAGCUUACCAAGCGAAUUCAGAUGAAACUGUUUGUCAGGGACACAAAUGGUAGGAUAAAGUAGUGUUGUUCAUUCACUUGUACAUGUACAUGUACUUACUGUAAUAAGCUUUAACCCCUAAACCCUAACAGUGAUUGACUUCAGUGUGGAGAACGUAGUUACUAAUUUUAAAGUGUAAACGAUUAAUUUGUUUAGCUCUGCAAAGAAAUGUGUUGGGGUAGAGCAAGCUCAGUACAGACGAUAUUCCGACGCCGUCGUCAAAAAAUGAUUCUUUCUGUCAGUACUUCCAAGUCAUGGUACAUUUACAUUUGGAGUACAUUUGUAUUUAAUUUGAUUGCAACCUUUCUCAUAGAUAAGCUGAAAAAUAAACAUUCCAUUUUGCUAAUUAAACGUGACGCUUCUGUUUGUAGGAGUUUGAAAGCUCUUUGGGGUUACAUGAAACGCAUGAACAUCAACCAUGUUCAUGUUUGGGAGACAAUAAAGGAUUUGGUUGUCAAAGCCAUCAUAGCGUAAGUAACAGAAAGUGCUGUUGUUGUAAAGUAAUACUCACUGGAAAGUAAGUAAAUCCAUCUUGACAAGUACAGCUGCACAAUAGUCCAUAGGUUGAAGUUUCUUUAGUAACUCAACUAGUUUGGACUUGCGUUAGUUUGGCCGUAAAAGGCAGAAGCCGCCAGCAUUAUAGAAUGAGUUCCUGCGAAGAUGGCGUAGCGGCAAAAACAAUAUACCGACACGUUUACUUAUCAAUUUUAACGUUUUAUUAGCAGCAAAUGUCUUAUUACGUACAGAGAUGAUAACUUUGAAAACUUUGUAGAUAAUAAUGAAUGCAUCUAAAUUAUCACUUUAGAUACAUUUUUUGUCGCAUUUUGCGGAAAACUUGAACCCUGUCAUUACGCUGUGCUUGUCCAAGAAUCUGAAGAUCUAUUUUUAUUGAUUUCUACAUUUUCACCAUUUUCGUCGUUUCUUAAUCUUAGCAUGCACGAGAAAAUUUAGUGUAAUUGAACUUCUUCAUGUGAAUGUUUCAGGUCUGACUCAGCGGUAAACACCAUGGUGAAACAGAAUGUGAGAAAAAGGUAAGAGGGUGCAGUUGGUCUUGAACAACAUUUGUGCAUUUAACAGAGUUUAGUUAUAGUGCGUACGUUAUGAUUGGUCUAUUUACCGGGCUGUUUAUGGCUGUAUGCCCCCCUCAAUUCAAAAUUUUGUUGGAAUUGAUAUCUUCGCGCACUAUUUGAACCCAGAGAUGUAACAAGUGUAAGUAUUAACAUGAUUUCGAGUGUAAUUUGGUGCUCAUAAGCACGAGUAAAUUUUUCAAAGACAACAGAAUUGCAUGAGCUCAUAGGGCAAGUGCUAUUUGUAAUCUUUGAAAAAUUUGCAAGUGCUUAUUACACCAAAAAGAAAAAGUUAUGAAAAAGAAAAAUUAUGUAAGUACUUGGUUCUUGAAAAAACAUUCCAGAAAGUCGAGACAAACGAAAUUUGAAAGCGUGCGCGCGCCAUUUGUAACUUGCACUUGUGCUACAACUUUGCACUCGUGUUACACGAGAAUGCGCUCGUUUUCAGCUAAUCAGAAGUGCGGUUUUUUUUUUAAUGUACUGCGUUAAUAUCUUACUAACCUCGUUUUCAUGGUCCGUACGGUAAGUUACAAAAUCUGUUUUUUUUCCCCGCUGGAACAUCUAACUCGGUCAGUAUUACUAACUGUAUAACCUUUACUACCAUCUACAACAUUGUCUAGAUCUUGCUGUCAUGAGCUUUUUGGAUUUGAUGUCAUGUUGGAUGAGACCCUUAAGCCGUGGCUACUAGAAGUGAAUAUAUCUCCAAGGUAAUUCACGCAUUUGUCAUGUUCAGAAAUAUUGACCACGCGAGAGAUACCAGUAUUCAACCGAAAUUCACAUACUCAAGAGAUUGAAAUACUGACCUCGCGAGGGAUAUGUAUCCAACUCAAAAAUUUUCAUUCUUAAGGGAUUGUAGUUCUAUGGUGUUCUUCUGAACCCAUUCAAAUAAUUGUUUUCGCAUGCAAAAAAAUUUUUUUCCAUGGUCCGCCAGACAUUGGAACAUAGUAAGGGACAAAAAGGCUGCCAUUUAUAAUUUUUCUCAUCGAAAACGAGGAUGAUUUUUAACUUAUUUUUCAAAAUGCUUUUUAAUGCACAUCUUGUGUUAAUUGAUUUAUUGCGGGACAUUUACGAGUAUUCGUUUUGUUUACUCUUUGUCUGAAGUGCAAUAAGAUGCGCAGCAAGUUGUGUAAAAGGGUGUGCAAUAGGAUGCGCAGUAAGAUGUACAAUUAGGUGCGUAUUGAGAUGCGCAGAAAAAUGUGCGUUCGUUAAUCGAGUAAACUUCGUCAACUUCCUCCCCAGUCUUCACUCCACCUCUCAACUGGACCGUAACAUCAAGGGACAGAUGAUAAAAGACUUGUUAAACCUGGCAGGGUUUUGCAUCCCAGAAAACCUGAUCACAACCUCAACUUCAAGGUCAGUCUAACUAUUGGAAUAUCAGAGAGAAAUUGAAAUUACGAGCUAUUUGCAAAUGAUGAAUAGUGAGGCACGUGACUCCGCCAACUUGUAAUUUUUCAAUAUGGUUGCAUUGUGCAGCGCACAUAUGAGUAUAAUGUAGUAUGAACGUGAAAUUCCUGUUGGUUUCAGCACUAGUAACAUGAACCAGUUUGUUCAAGAUAAAGCUGUGACGGGUCUUUCUUCAGAUGAGAGAGGAAAGGUGAAUAUAUGUUAUGGAUGGCAAAUACCUACAGAUAUUUAGAACAACAUGUUUUUAUGUUGUUUGCCAGUCUUAAUUUACUGUGAAAACGUCAUAUAUAUAAUGGUAAUAGGACCGAGUGGAGUCCAAUUCGGUCGGUAAUCAUACGAGAGUUUAACAAAAUUGGACGACCGCAAAGCGGGAGUCCAAUUUGUCAAUCAAGAGUAUGAUUACAGACAGAAUUGGACAACAAGAGGUCCUGUUACCAAUCAGUCAUAACGAUUACAAUUUCUGAAAACAACAAAUACAUUUAGGUCAAUUACCUCCAGUGGAGACAACGACUAAAGUAAAAAAAUUCUGUAGUAUGGUAAUAGUCUAGAUUUAUGUUUCAAGAAGUGAAAUAGUUAGACAUGCUCUAUUGAGUGCUUUUGUAUCGGAGAUUGCUGCUGACUUAAUACUUCUCCUGCACUGACCCCAACAUAUAGUUUAAUCAUUUUACUUAUGAGCCCACCUUACGGAUUAUUAGAACGUACAAAUGAUGUUAAAAAGUACUGACUAUAGAUACAUUCCAUUAUUUGCGACAAUGUAACAAGGAAUUGACUUCGAACCAAGUCAAACUGUUCUUUUGUGUGUCGUCUUAAUUUGUUUAAGUGUUGGACGUUAUUUUUCUUGUGUUUCAGCAUGCGUUUUAUGUUCAACGUCACCUAGACGAGGUAGGAACGCAUUUUAUAACACUUCCCCUCAAAUUCCUUUCUUUUAAAUGAUUGCAUCUAGAAAUCCCACAAUGCCUUUAUUAUUGAAAUAUCUUGCUGACAGUUACACUACAUGUUUCAUGAACUCGAAAUUACGCCGCAGAGAGCGCUUAAAGUCUGUAUCAUUGGACAACAGACACUUGACCCUUUUACUGGCUUUUCUAGGAUGCAUCAGGAUAAAUUGCGUCAAAACCCAAACGAAAGUUACCACACAGCCAGUCAAAAAAAGAAAUUAUAAAAAAAAGAAACUGUCGCAAUGAACUGAUAAGACAAUUUACCGUGAAAUCAAGGAAAAUGCUUCGAGCGCGGAAAGGCAAAAGGGACCAAGUAGUUGGGAUUUGUGUUAGUGAACAUCAGCAUCUUGUUAUUUAAGAGAGUAUCGAGUUUUCUAAAACAAUCACAUAGGUUGUUGGAGCGUAAGGAACAUCAGUUAAAUCCAAUGCAAUCUCUAGCUGUGUUCGUCACUUACUUUGAAUUACUCGAAUUUUGAAUUUAUUGGUAUGGAAUUUUACUAAUACAAACUUGUAAUCAGUCCACUUCUCUUUCAUUCAUGUCUUUUAGCGCACGAAACAGUCAAUCCUUGACAUCUUGACACCAGACGACAUUAGAAUGCUUAUGGAGACAGAAGAUGAGGUACUCUGUACAUUCGAACUUUUGAACAUAUUUUUGUUUCCUUUAUUCUUCGCAGUGAAAAGCAAAACCUAUAAAUUUUGUUGCUUAUUGUGAUGAUUAUGCGUAUGUAAAAGAGAAAGGUGAAUUCAUUUUAUCCUUUAUAAGAGACUGCCAUGUAUUCGAGAAAGUGAAACUUGCCGUAAUGUAGCAUAGCUCGAGCGUUUUUAUUUUCCCUCACAGAAUAGUCGAAGAGGAUGCUUUCAGAGAGUUUUUCCAUCCAUGUCGUCCAACAAGUAUUUAAGAUUCUUUGAGUCUCAGGUGAGGAUAAUUUUACGCACAAACAGUUAUUACUGCCUCAUUAAACUACGGGCAGUCCCUGCUUGUUGCCGAAGUCCGUCGCGCGACCAAGAGAAAUCAGAGAAAAAAAGGAAGAUUUUAGCGCGCCGCGCGGAUUUCUGUAGUAGGUAAUACUUAUAGUGUGUGCCACUCUCAGAGGUCCGAGCGGUGCGCCAACCAUUUUCUUUCAAUCACUGUUUUUUUUUCCCCGAAUGGUGCGACGGACUCCAGCAAUUUUGCUCUCUUUUAAAAUGACUUUCUCUUCCCUCCAUCCUUGAUCGAAUUUUUUUCUGCAAAUUUCCUUAUAGAGAUAUUACAACAUUUUGUUGGACGAAUGGACAAGAAAAUACAUGAGAGAAGGGCGGAGCACAGUCCUGGGUAAGUUUAAAUUCAGGUAGAAAAAGCUAGGUCACCGUAAUGUAUAUUCGGAAAAAGUAAACUACGUUAUUUGCAGUCUAUGUAUGUAUUUGCGAUAUUUAAACUGGCUGGCUCAGUGCAGCUCAGAGCUGGUUUAAAUGGAGGCCAGUUUAAAACCAGACCACUACACCGGGAGUCGUGCGUUCCACAACGUGAGCUGAACAAGUGUAGUCCGUGUCACUCUUUAAAAUUCUGCGUCUUUUUGUUGCCCUUAUGGUCUUAAGUUUUUUCGUGUUAUGUUUCUUACGAUUCUACACUGUAAAUGUUUAUUUAAAUUGGUCUUUUUUCUUACACAGGAAUCGCUGUUCUCCAAGCACUUGGUGAAAAGAAACUUCAUAUUGGGGCAACCUCGGAUCCAACACAUCAAGUGAGGCUUAAUUUUAUUAAUUGAUUUAUUUGUUUUCGCAAAGAAAGUAAUCAUUCCUUUAAAGAUUUUGAAAAUAGUUCGAAAUUCUAUUUGGAUUACUGACUGACUGAUUGACGACUAACUGAUUGACCGAUGGACUGACGACUGACUGACUGACUGACCAGCUGUGUAACCGGUUAGCUGGCCUGCUGACUGACUGACUGACGGACCGACCGACUGACUGAAUUGAUUGAAUCGGAUCCAUCGAAUGAAUGCUUUUAUCAAAUGACUUAUAGACUGAAGAACUGACUGGCUGAUUGAUUGUUUGAUUGAGUAAUCGAUUGAUAGCUCGAUCACAAGAUUUAAGGCUUUAUCGAUUAAUUGAUUGAGAGACGCCUUUUCCUCACAGUGGAAUUGCCCUCAAGGUAUAACGUACAGGUCCUCUUCCGCUCCAGCUCUCAGUUUGGACCACGGACUCAUCAAAUCAAGGUCGGUGUAAAAAAUUAAAUUCCGACUUAAUGUCGAUUGACAAAAACUGCAUAUCGCUGUUUGUUUGUUUUGAUAUUCCUGAUGAUAACAUUUAUUUAAAGUCAAUUUAUAGGUUGCCCUCAAUCUGAAACACCAUGUCACUCUCCGUCCAUUCUCAGUGUUCUACAUGUUCUUGAGCGUUUCUUCUUUCUCUCAGACGCUUCUCAGCACCAGCUGCGAGAAUAAAGGAGUGGAGCAACUCAAACUCUUCAUCUACUUCUAUUAGGUACAUGCUGGAAAGGUGCUGCAUGGUUUUUUGGGAUUGGCGCAGUUUCUUUUAUGUUGACUUUGGUCCUUUUUCUACUUCCUUUGUUGUUCAUCCUUGUUCCUCAGAAAGUCGUUCUAAGCUUGUUUAAGCUUUUUUCUAGAAGCUCUCUUGCCACUCUACUUCCUGGUUUUCGUGCUCAGAUAUUUGAGUUUGUUUGAAAUGUUAAGCUUCUUUCUUUAUUACACUUUCAAAUUGUUUACAAGUUCGUAUUUGCUAUGUAUUUACUCUGUAGUCCGCACACCUACUUUAAAAGCAACAACAGAUCCAUUGGUAAUCAGAAGGACUCAUUUCUCGCUUAAGCUCUAAGUUGAUUGUACUGCUCGCGCUGUUUCGAAUUGAGAUCAUCACUGAUUGUUUUGACUUUAUUUUUCCUUCCUCACUGUUAGUAGGCUUUCCUCUCCUUCUUCAACUAAGACUGUCAAAAGGUAUUAUGUCAGCAAUUUUUCAUAUUCUUAAACAUGUCCCAUAUGAAUAUAUCCAAAUUUGGUUGCGUGAAAGUCUUCAAAGUUCAGUCUUAGUCCGGUUCUUUUCUCCCAUGCAAUUAUUUCUCUCCCCUUUUUCCAUUUCUUGCUUUUCACCUUUUUAGGAAUAGCACAGCUUCCAUCUUGAAAAAUUCUCCGCGGAGAAAAUCAGCUGUUACAUCAUUUAAGGGCAAAAGGUAUUCUUUUUUCUCCCGGUCUUUCUUGGGACACUGGUUUUGAAAAUUCAUCACUAAUUUCACAUUACCUGUACGCAUCUUUGCGACGAGGGGUGAGAUUCUGAUCGCACAUUCCAGAUUAUUGAAGAGUUGAAUGUGAAGAAAAGGAACUAUCAUGAUUCAAUACGGUUAAGUUGCACGCGUUGUAUCGACAGAUUGCUACAGAGGAAAGUCAUGAACAGGGUCAUAUCAAGGGUUCUCAGGAAAGGGAUUUGUUUCGAAACAUCUCCUUGUAGUUUAAGUCUGUCAUUUUUCUCUUAUCCUCAGAAGAGAAGUAUCCGCAUGGCAAAAUGUGACAGUGACAAACGAAACUUUGUUCUUCUUUCUGAACCUUUUCCUACUCCUUAAAUUUUGGAUCCUCAUUCUAGUUUGGCGAUUUUUCCUCUACUAUACUUUAUUACUAAUCUCGACUUCUCUUUCUUUACUUUCCUCUUUUUCUGCUGGCCGAUACCCGGAAAAAGACGACGGUCCUGAUGUUUUUCCUUUUUCGUCCUCUCUUACCCUCCAUUUUGGGUACUCUAACUCUGUCUUUUCUUUUUGUUGUCCUCUUUUCUCCUCUCUUUAUCAAAUAGAAAACUUCGAACAACUCCACGAUGUAAGUCAGCUCCUUCUUGUAGACGUAAGAAUAAAGAAAAUUCUGAAAGCUCUAACGAAUCAGGGUAAUAUAUAGUAACUUUCACUUUUUGUGUUCAUCUUUUUCUUUCAUUUCUACAUCAAAACUCUAAUCUCUGUAGUUCACUCUACACCUAUUUUAGCUAUUUCGUCCCAUGUUCCUGUAAAUUAAUCGUUAAUUCACAACUGACAAUCAAUGAAUUUCGAUCAAUGAAUUUCCUCAUUGGUCUAAGAGACAAUCUUGAAAACUGCAGUUUAGUUUUAGGUGUGCAAAGGUGACCUUAAUAGAAAGUGGCACUUUGCUAUACAGUUACAUGUUCUCAUAAACGCAGAUGCACUUAUGAAGUUUUUAGAUCAUUUUACCCCAACAUUUACCCUAACCUGUUAUCAGUUGACAGUCGUUGGGUUUGGGGAGGGGCAGGAGCGUAUUUGCUUAGAUACCAACAGUGAUUCCAAGUUCAGUUUUAAAGUGACAAAGAUACUUAUGUAAAGCGAAACCGGUUUCUUUACUGAAACAACGAUGGCCAUUUGGGCUAAGGGUGACCAUCAGACCUACAACUUCAUUUUAGGCCACAUAUACCACAGUGGUUUCAAAAGUAGCUUUCUGAUAUUUUGUCACAGCGAGCACUAAAUAGUAUUAUGUCAAGAACCAUUAUCCGUCUUUUUCUUUCCAGUGCUUCGGCUCCGGUGCUUCUGCCCAAAAUAAAAAAGAAGUCAACAAAAUCGCACACAUCCAAGGUGGGUUUUUCUCAAACUUCUUGUAGAAAGUGCAAUCUCUUUUUACUGAAUACCCCGCUUAUUCCAUGGGAAGUCACUUCAGUUUUUUGAGCUCCUCCUCACGAUACGUUUGUCUUGCUACAACUGAAUAACAUACACUUGAUUUCUACUUUGUAUUUAUGUUUAUCUCCUACGUUAAACUUGUUUAACUCAAUCGUCCUUAGUUUGGCUCCGUCCUCGUAGUUUUUCAUCCUCUUCAAACAUCGUGUUUGAUUUCCAGGUCAGCCAUUCAACUCUACAAAAUCGCUCUAACCUAGAAAACUCUAACCGAACGUGCAAGAUUCUUAGGGACUCUUCGCGCCGACUGACCUUACCUCAGAUCAAAGAGCGUGAAGCAGUUAAAGCGAUUUGUUGUACGGUUCUCUGUUUGUUAGUACUAACAGCACUGAUUAAAACUUCGAAGAAUUAAUUCGCACCGUAAAAAUAGUCAGUUAGCCACACACUCAGUUAGUUUACCGCUUACACAAGCCGUAAAGCAAAAGAACCAACGGUCAAGCCUCGGUGAGGGUUACGGAGCUAUUUUAUGAACACGGAGCAUAACAAAUUACAAAUUUUUUUCGUUAUGAACACAGCCACGCUAACGCGCUGCCCUGUAGCUUUCAUUCCAAUGUUUUGUGACAUCAUUAUGCAAAACUCAUUUUUAUGAAGACUGCCAAAUAUUAGCUCGGUGAGAUUUAAAAACGAUUAAUAGGUAAUGAUAAACCCCGCUGGAGCAAGGAGGGUAGAAGGCAUUUUCCUCUUUUCCACUGGACUUUAUCAUCACACCUCCGCCCACGGGUUUCUGUGAUGGCCACCAGCGCCACGAGGAAGACUGAAGACCAGUCAAACCUUGCAUAGGGUAAUUUAGUAUUAUCAAUUGAAUUGAUAACGUAAAUUAGCCACCGCGAAGAGUUUCGAAGAUAACAUUUCGAGAAUUAGCCCUUCAUCAGAGCGAAUGGAGGAAUUGUGAGUUGUGUGUAUGUGUUUAUAUGAAGACCUUGCAUAUGCAGACCUUGCAUAGCCUAAUAUUCGUAGCCUAACAUAUCAUGAAAUUGUUAUGCUUGAUUUUCAACUUACUCUUUUUUUUCAUCAGAUGUCUUCCAGCUCGGCCACAUCCUCUGAGCGAACCCGGCAGAUGCUGAGAGCUCGGAUGAAAUCGAACAUCUGACUAGUGCAGGAUAGAGGGCCGCUUACUGUGACAACAACUACCAUACCCUCUCUCCCUAGUAUUAAUCCACAGCCAGUGUGUAUCGGAGGGGAGGGUGAAGAGUGCAUCCAGAGCCGACAUGCGCAUUGCACGAUUGAGACAUGCCCACAGAAGCGAGUUCUUCAUGAACUGUUGAUUCAUCUGAACAGACUCAAUUUAAGCUCAGAUAGAUAUGCUUGAGCGUUUAAUUGAUUCAUUUCGAACUGCAAGCGUUCUUGUAAUAUAAAUGUACAUAUUCAUAUUUUACGUAUACAAAGAGCGAAAAGUGAGAAUAGACGUAAUUUUCAUGAGACAUUUAACCCGUGUGGGGUUAGAGCAAACGUGAAUAUAAUGUUUAAAAAAAUCAUCACUCUAUCGAAGUUCUGUUUGCAGAUCUGGAGCAGAAAUGUUUAUAGCCAAAGCUUUAGAGAACUGCAAUAACGAAAGAAAGGUAUUGUUGAGAUGAUGAUACCUUAUAAAUAAUUAUUUUCUUAUGCAUAACUUCCAAACACGGAAUUUUCUUCAUGAUAUUGAAAAGAUGUAUAUAACAGUAAAUACUUCUUAAUGCUUGUAAAUCCAAUUUCCAUGAUUGACACAACUUUUUACCAUAUUCUAUCUGUUGCAAGUUUUUCUACGUAUUUAUGUACUAAAUGGAAAAACAAUUUCCACAGAAAAAACUAAUUGAUUUAACUACAAAGGAAUUUAUAACGAAUUAAAAACGCUGCAUUUCAUCGUGAAACACAUGAUAUAACACAAUUAUUUUAACAAAUAAAAACGAUUGUGAAGAAUCGUUCGUUGAACUCUGAUGUGUGCAGGGGAGAAAUUUCAACACAGAGAUUCCGAAAUGUGUCCAUCGAGGAAAAAAAAUGAAUAAGCUUAACACUCAAGUCUCCAAAAUGGUUUACCUGCCAAACCUUCGAAUGAAAAAAAGAAAGAAAUUGAAAAACAAAAGUAAAAUAGUGUAAAGAGAAUUAAUCUUGUGCAUGUUGUUAACAUAAACUUGUGACGUUUCACGGAAGAGGCUGAACUGGUAUAUUCUCGACAAAAAUAUUUCAAACAUGGUUGAAGAACUAGAACCAGUACAAGGAAAAGAAAGGUUUUCGUACCAUCCAAGCAAGCACAAAAGCGUAUUAUGAGCGAGCUUAUGCCGACUCAUCGACUCAUACGUACUUGCCUUAAAACGGAUAAAGUGGAGGUCGUUUUUCCGCUCGGAUUCGGUGUUGAUCCAGUUUUGAGUCCAUCUCUUUUCAUGUACAAGUCCUCUCGCCGUAAUGGAGCGUUAUAUGUAGGGAUCUUGAAUUAUAAUGCAUCGCAAAUUGUAAGUUUCGAUCGUAAGUUAGUAACUUGCGAUCGAAAACUCGAAUGAUCCUUAAAAGCCACAACAUGAAGUGACAGUCCGUCCAGUACUGGAUGAUUGAUAAUUAGUUAACACAUGAAUAAAAAGGGUAAUGGCGAUGCUGCGUCAUGGGGUAUUACGAGAUAAUUUGGUUCUGUCAACUGACGCUCUUAUGAAGGACAAACGAUGUAAACGUUUGCCUUAGAAACUCUUUUCAGCAGCCAAUUUACAUUAUCAACUCAGUUGAUAAAACCAAUUUAUCUGG